CAGCCGCCGCCGCCCCGAAAGGAAGCCGAGAGGUCCGAAGGAGGAGAGCAUGUCCGAGACGGCGCCCGAAGCCCCCGCCGCCGCUGCGCCGGCCGCCAAGGCGCCGGCCAAGAAAGCCAAGAAGCCCGCGGCCGCCGCCAAGCCGCGCAAGGCCGCCGGGCCCAGCGUCACCGAGUUGCUGACCAAGGCGGUGGCCGCCUCCAAGGAGCGCAACGGCGUGUCCCUGGCGGCGCUCAAGAAGGCCCUGGCGGCGGCCGGCUACGACGUGGAGAAGAACAACAGCCGCAUCAAGCUGGGCCUGAAGAGCCUGGUGGGCAAAGGCACGCUGGUGCAGACCAAGGGCACGGGCGCCUCGGGCUCCUUCAAGCUCAACAAGAAGCAGCAGCAGCAGCAGGAAGCCAAGGACAAGGUGGUCAAGAAGAAGCCGGCCCUCAAGAGCAAGAAGCCCGCCCCCAAGAAGCCCAAGAAGCCCGCCCCCAAGAAGAGCCCCAAGAAGGCGGUCAAGAAGCCGGCCGCGGGAGCCAAGAAGCCGGCCAAGAGCCCCAAGAAGGCCAAGCCCGCCAAGGCCAAGAAGCCGGCGAAAAGUCCCGCCAAAGCCAAGGCGGUCAGGGCGAAGGCAAAGGCCGCCAAGCCCAAGACUCCCAAGGCGAAGGUGGCCAAGCCCAAGAAGGCGGCGGCCAAGAAGAAGUAAAGCGGCUCCUCUGACACUUCCGAUCCCAAAAGGCUCUUUUAAGAGCCACCCAAUUUUUCCUUUGAAAAGAGCUGGCCUCA